AUGGACGCGUCCACGCGCAUACUGCUGGACCCAAAAGUCAUAUCGACGGUGGUGUGUCUUCUACUCGCCUGGAUCGCGUUCUUGAUCCUUCGAACAGACCCGGAGAAGGCCAUCGAGUUUUCUGUGCCAGCGCCUGAGCAAUGCAAGCCAGCAUGGCAGGGAAAGGAGUUGGACAAGCCGACCAUCAAGGUCCAAAACUCUACCGCUAUACAAUGCUACUGUCCGGCCACUGGACAACUUCUUGGACUCGUCAAUCCCUCGACUCCUGACCGCAUCGACCGGGUUAUUGCCAGAGCCAGUGUCGCACAGCAGCAAUGGAAGGCGACCACGUUUGCCCGACGAAGGAAAGUGCUCAAGACACUUCUAAAAUUUAUUCUUGAUAACACGGAGGACAUUGUGCGCGCUGCUUGUCUGGACAGUGGAAAGACGCGUACCGACGCCAUCUUUGGUGAGGUUCUUGUGACGGCCGAGAAACUCAAGUGGACCAUCGACCAUGGCGCGAAGGCGCUGCGUCCUGAUCGACGACCGACUAAUUUCUUGAUGUUUUACAAGCACAAUGAAAUACAGUACGAGCCGCUUGGAGUCAUCGCGGCCUGCGUGAGCUGGAACUACCCCUUCCACAACCUGAUCGGGCCAAUCAUCAGUGGCAUCUUCGCCGGCAACGCCGUUGUCAUUAAGAACAGCGAGCAAACGGCCUGGUCGUCCGUCUACUUCAUCAACAUUGUCCGCGACGCACUAUCAGCCUGUGGACACGAUCCCAAUAUCGUUCACGCCAUCUCUUGCUGGCCUCAGACGGCAGAGUAUCUUACCUCGCAUCCUGGCAUUAGUCACCUUACCUUCAUAGGCAGCAAGCCGGUGGCACACGAAGUAGCGAAGAGCGCAUCGAAAGUCCUGACACCACUGUGUAUCGAGCUCGGCGGAAAGGAUGCAGCCGUCGUCCUGGACGAGCCUAACGGCCGUGCUCUGUCAAAGUCAGAAAUGAACAGGAUUGCCAGUAUCCUGAUGAGAGGCGUCUUUCAAUCAAGUGGACAGAACUGCGUUGGCAUCGAGCGUAUCGUCGCUAUGCCUGCGGCAUACGACAUGCUGAUCGAAAUGCUCGAGCCACGCAUCAGGAACUUGCGACCGGGCUACGACCUUGACCCCGAAAACGACGAAGGCGUCGACGUGGGAGCAAUGGUCUCGCCCGCAUCCUUCGACCGUCUAGAAGGUCUCAUAGCUGAGGCGAGAGGGCAAGGAGCGAGGUCACUGAUUGGGGGCCAUCGCUACCACCACGAGCGCUAUCCUGCCGGUCACUUUUUUUCGCCCACACUGGUAGUGGACGUAACACCACAGAUGCGACUCGCGCAGGAGGAGCUAUUUGCGCCCGUGUGUGUCAUUAUGCGGGCGAGCAACGUGGAAGAGGUGGUCCAAAUUACAAACAGCACGAUUUACGGUCUGGGAUGUAGUGUGUUUGGCCCGACAUCGUCGUCAGCAGCUCGUGACAAUCUUCGGCAUGUGACGACCUCAGUCAAGGCGGGCAUGGUAGCAGUCAAUGAUUUUGCAGCCAAUUACGUGGUGCAGCUUCCUUUUGGCGGCGUAGGUGGAUCUGGAUACGGGAGAUUCGCGGGUUUAGAAGGGCUCCGUGGAGUUUCCAACGCCAAAUCGAUAUGCCGAGACAAGUGGCCAGGCUUGCUGAAGACGGCUAUUCCGGCUGAACUAAAUUAUCCCAUGCGGCCCUCAGCGUGGGUGAAGGCACGUGGGGUCGUGGAGGUUGGCAACGGCGACACUCUCCGACGCCGUUUGCAGGGCGUUCGAAAGCUCGCGGGAUUCUGA